CUCUUUACUGAAUCUGAUGGCAUUUGAAAGGGAUGUUAUUGACUCAAGACAAUAUAGUUCUGUCCAGGACUCUACACCAGGGAUAAGGACAUGGGACUCCUCCUGCCAGAUUCCAGAUGGUUCAUUACAACUGACAUCUUGGUUGACAACUGUGAAAAGAAACUUUGGAUUAUUUUAUUUUAUUUUUGUGGGAGACCACAAUCCCCAAACUGUAGAACAAAUCAGGCUCCAUAUUUCUUGUAGAAUUUUAAAAUACAUUUUUCUAAUGAGGAUGUCUGAUAUUGUUAUGGUAAAAGCUGAAACUGAUGCAAUGAAAGGUCCAGAAGCUGAAUUUAAAGAUACAGACCCAGUUGAAAACUUUAUAAAAUCAGAAAGUCAGGAGCAAAUUCAAGCAGAUAAGGAUGAAAAUUGUCCUGACAGCAAAAACAAUAUGUCGGAGAAAAUCCAAAUCCAGUUAUCACAGUCUUUUGAGAAAGAAGAAAAGCCCGCAAAAGAUGAAACAGAAAAGGAAAAGUCAAGUGAUAAACUACCCAGAAAAAUGUUAUCGAGAGAUUCCAGUCAAGAAUACACAGAUUCCACGGGCAUAGAUCUUCAUGAAUUUUUAGUAAAUACUUUAAAAAACAAUCCUAGGGACAGAAUGAUGCUGCUGAAAUUAGAACAGGAAAUUUUAGAUUUCAUUGGUAAUAAUGAAGUUCCAAGAAAAAAGUUUCCCCCAAUGACAUCUUACCAUAGAAUGCUGUUGCACAGGGUAGCUGCUUACUUUGGAUUAGAGCACAACGUGGACCAGAGUGGGAAAUCAGUCAUAGUAAAUAAAACUAGCAAUACAAGAAUACCUGACCAAAAAUUUUCUGAGCAUAUAAAGGAUGAGAAGAGUGAUGAUUUUCAGAAACGGUACAUCCUUAAAAGAGAUAACUCUAGUUUAGACAAAGAUGACAACCAGAUGAGAAUGCGAUUAAAAGAUGACAGAAGAAGUAAAUCCAUAGAAGAACGUGAAGAAGAAUAUCAGAGAGCUAGAGAGAGAAUAUUUGCACAAGAUUCCCUGUGUUCCCAGGAGAAUUACAUUAUUGAUAAAAGAAUCCAGGAGGAAGAAACUAAUAGUACACAACAAAGACGGCAGAUAUUUAGGAUCAAUAAGGAAGCGUCAGGGAGAUCAGCCAACAGCCAUCAGAGCAGUACUGAGAAUGAGCUGAAGUACUGUGAUCCUCGUCCUUGGAGCAGCACCGACUCCGACAGCUCCAGCCGCAAUCUGAAGCCAGCUGUAACCAAAGCCAGCAGCUUCAGUGGGAUAUCAGUUCUGACAAGAGGAGAUAGCUCUGGAAGCAGCAAAAGCACAGGCAGGCUGUCUAAGACAGGUUCAGAGUCUUCUAGUAGUGUAGGGUCAUCCACGGGUUCUCUUUCUCAUACCCAGCAGCCUCUCCCAGUGCCAGCUCUAAGCCAACCUUCUCAUGGCACGCCGGCCGUCUAUCCAACUGUCAGCACUAGUCACUCUCUUUCCUUUGAUGGUGGCAUAAGUGGGCAAGUGGCACCUACUAGCACUAGCUUCUUUUUGCUUCCCUUGGAAGCGGCAGGCAUACCACCUGGCAGUAUUCUGGUCAACCCUCAAACAGGUCAGCCGUUCCUUAAUCCAGAUGGCACUCCAGUUGUGUACAAUCCUCCAAUGCCUCAGCAACCUGUUAGGACCCAAGUGCCUGGACCUCUGCAACAGCCACCUCUUCCCCUCCCACCUCAGCAACAGCCAGCAGCUAAUCACAUCCUGUCACAGCCUCUCCGGCCUCUGCAGCCUUCCUCGCAGCUUGUUCAGUACUCGGCAGUCUCUUAUCCGCCCCCGCUCCUGCCCGUCUCCUCUACCCAGCAAUAUUCUGUGCAAGACAACCUAGGAUCCCAGUUUAGCCAUAUGAGUCUUGCCCGCCAGCCAUCUGCUGAUCCAGCUGAGCCUCACACCACUAUGUUCCAGUCCACUGUGGUCCUCCAACCCACGCAGCAGUCUGGUUAUAUCAUUGCAGCAGCUCCACCACCUUCUGGCCAAGCACUUUCUACUCCAGGCUACUCUACUCCUGGCCACCCUGUCAACCAGCAGGUACUCCAGCAGCAGGGAUAUAUGCAGCAACCUGUGCCACAGAUACCAGCUUGUUAUUGCACCCCCAGUCAGUAUUCACACUCCAGUCAGCAAUAUCGACCGGUUACUUCAGUUCAUUAUAACACGCAGCAAAACCAGCCAUUGGCACAGCCUGGACAGCAGACAGGUUACCAAGUUUUGCCUAACCAGCAACAGAACUACCAGGGCUUAGUUGGAGUUCAGCAGUCUCAGAAUCAGAAUCUAGUCAGUGGCCAACACAACAACAUUGGGAAUCAAAUACAAGGUGUGAUUGUUCCAUAUCCUUCAAUGCCAUCGUAUCAGGUUUCCAUGCCUCAAGGUUCCCAAGCCGUGCCCCAGCAGACAUAUCAGCAGCCUGUUUUAAUACCCAGUCAGUCAAAUCAAGGAUUGCCAGCAACAGGAAUGCCAGUUUACUAUAGCGUCAUUCCAUCAGGUCAACAGAAUAAUUUAAGUUCAUCAGUAGGAUAUUUGCAGCCUCCCGGAUCAGAGCAGAUACAGUUUCCUAGAACAUCGUCACCAUGCAACUCACAGCAGCUUCAAGGACAGCAGUGUGCAGUUUAUAACAACCAUUCAAGUCGGAAGCCAUCACCUCCUACAUUAUUGCCACCUUCAUCAAAAUCAAAGCCGCAACAGGCUGCUUCCAUUGUGCACUACAGCAUAGUGUCUUCACCCUCAUCCUGUAAAAGUUCGCCCACUGGUCUUUCCAUCAUGCAGCCCAUAAAAGCAGUAGCACCACCACCAGGUGGAGGAGUAGUAAUGAUGCAACUAAAUAUACCCAACAAUGCCCAGCCUCGGAACCAUUCACCUCCACAGUGGAAACACAAUAAAUAUUACUGUGAUCAUCAAAGAGGGCAGAAGUCCACAGAAUUUAGCACUUUAGACAGUGCCCCACAGUUGCAGCAUAGUCCUCAACUAGGUAGUCCUGUCACCUCACCGGCCCAAUCACCAGCACCAGUUCAGCUAUCAAAUAUGAAGAACAUCCGUYCCACUUUAACACCUCUUUCUAUUGUGCCCCAGUUUUCUAGACCUUUUGUUYCCGGACAAGGAGAUACAAGAUACCCAUUGCUUGGCCAGCCCCUGCAAUACAAUCCACCUUUAUUACGUGGACAAGUAACAAGCCAACAGUGUCAACCUGGAAACAGACAUGGAAACAGGGGAAAGAAGACAGCAAAGAAGGCUGCGUCGGCAGACUUUGGUGCUGGAGAACCAGUUGUGGGAAAAGUGUUAGAAAUCACUGAACUACCGGAAGGAAUAACUCGUAUGGAAGCAGAAAAACUAUUUGGAGAACUUUUUAAAGUUGGUGCCAAGAUUCGGUGGCUGAGGGAUUCCCAGUGUCUACAAACGCAGCAGCAGCAGCAGCAUCGUCGUCACUGUAACAGUGGAGAUAAUAACGCGAACACUGAGCCGUCCAAACCUAGUGACUUGGCCUCCACUUACACAGUUCUGGCUACGUUCCCUACAAUGACAGCUGCUCAGAACGCAUUGAAGAAACAAAGCAGUACCUCAGUUAACAAGUUCAGGCUGAGAACGAGCAAGAAGCACUACGACUUUCACGUUCUGGAAAGGGCUAGUUCUCAGUAGCAGUUACAUCAGUGGACACUCAGCCUUUACUACUUCCAUGUCCUUCCCUCCUUGAUUGGCUUGAUGUUAUGGGGUUUCUGCUCUCUUCAUAGAGACUCCUGGGAUGUUUUGUCAUAUUAGCCAUUGAAGAAUAACCCAGUGAUCCAGCAAGAUGAAGGRAAAAAAAAGUACAGAGUUAAUCCCAGACAAUAGCAAGCAAUCAUCUUUGAGACAGAAAGGCAGCUUUCUGUAAGGAAUGCUGUUAAAAUCCCCUCACUUUUAUAGUAGUUUUGUUUUAUAUUUCUCAAUUCUUGUAUCAGAUCUAAAGUUCUAUUGUACAGCAAAUGUUCGUAACAAAUACCCAUGUUCAGAUUUGUAUUUUAUAAUCCCUUUUCACUGCCAGCACACAGCUAUCCGUUCCAAGGCAGGAACCUGGGGGAGAGGGUGGAGAGAACCAUUUUCAAGGAAUUAACACUGUUUUCUAAGAAACUACCCCAAAUCUUCAAGUUAACCUGUUCCUUUUCCUUUGCGUAUAUGUGCGUGUGUGUGUUGUUUUUUUAAUAUAAUUUUAGUAACUAGUUAAUUCCUUAGAUGUCAUUUUUCUUUUGAGAUUCAUUCAAGCAAUGUCAAAAGAAUUUACAAGUAUGUGUGUACCCUUGAAGGAUUUUCUUUCUGAUCCAGCAAGAUAAAUAUAUAAAGGGGAAUAUGAAUAGAUUAUAAAGAAUGUUCACAGAAUCACAUUUUAAUAUUUGUUCUUUUUAGCAAAAGUGUGAAGAAACUGAAAUGUAUCUUCACAAGUGACAGAAUGUUUGCACUUUAAUUGUGUUCCCACCAGUAUGGAUCUCUCUUCUUUUUCACGCAAAGAUAAUUGUGUUUGAUAAGUGCUGGAACCCUCUUUAAUGGUUUAAGUUUUCAUCAUUUGCAGAGGAUCACUGGACAUCAAAAGAUUCAUUGCACAUACAAAUGAGACAAGAAACCUUUUUUCAAUUUC